AGCGAUAGAUAGCCUUUCUAAGAUACCCGGAAGUUUUGGAUGCAGAAAUACGGGUAGGUACUUAACCUAGUCGUAACAAUGACGGAAGUGGUGAUGGAUCGUGAGGCUCGCUCCCCACCAGCGGCGCCGGCAGAGACAGAGGAGGACAACGAAAGACUUCGGGAACUCGCGAGACGCUGCUAUGAAGAUGGAAUUAUGCCAGCAAGUAUUGAUCCGGGGGAAAUGAGUGGAGAGGGCAGAGAAGUCCGCUUUAAGGUGAAUAGACACAUUGAUCAAGUAAAAAUUACUUGGCUGAAGGAACACACGGUUACUAUUAUUUUUCGUGAGGGUGCCAGAUUCUUGUCUAGGAAAGUUAAGGAAGACAUCAUGAGAGCGUUUGAAGAUGAGAGGGUUGCUGACGGCUCACUGAGGGUUGCUGACGGCUCACUCGAUUCGGCCAACUUCAGAAGAGGGAGAGUCAAAGUGGAAAGCCCCAAUGUAGUAUCGUAUGUGGCAAAAAGUGAGGCAGUUGCCAACUGGAUGAUCCUCAAAGGGCGUGACGAGAUUACGAUCGGCUCAACCCAGUAUGUCUUCGAAUUCAAACCGUGGCUUACCAAAGCUCAGCUCAGGGCACAAAGGCAAGAAGAGGACAAAUCGACCUUUUGGGUCGUAGUUCCACUGGAUGCCUUCUUUUAUUUAGAGGCACAAGUGGCUCAAGCAAUCGGACCGGUCAUCAGAGUCCACCCUGCGGAACAAGAUAGGCUGAAGCCGGCGAUUAUCAACAUCAAGUUUGAGAUCGAUCCGGCUGCGAGGGCCAAUAUGAGAGAUAAGAUAUGGGUAGAUACUUGUGAGGGGGAUGCCCUGGAGGUCAAGUUAGCCUCCGCAGAAACGCCAAGGUGCAGGAGAUGUAGAGCUUUCUUCCACACUGAAGCUGAAUGUAGACGCAAUCGUCAGCAGAACCAAGGUGCCACAGCACACCAAGGCCAGUCUGAGGCGACGAGUCGGCCGCAGUAUCAAGGAAUCCUCCGCCCUGUGGGCAGUCAAGGCGCGAAUCCGUAUGGAGCAGCGGUACAAGGAGGAGGAACUUCAGUAUCCUUCGGAGUUGGUCUCAAUCAAGGUGGCGAAGGAGUUGGGACGAGCGGGAGAGAAGCUUCACAAGGACGACAACAGAUUCCUACAGGUGGCACUUAGAUGCCUGGUCCCAAUCCGGUUCAAGGUUCGGGCCCAGGGGGAAGCUCCCUGCACAAUAACCCGAU